GACGAUGUAAUGUCUAAUGAGUGUUGACGUAUAUUUAUUUAUUUACAUUUUUCAUUUUGACAGAACCAAAAUCUAAUGAAAACUUUAAAAGUGGGCAAAGUACAAGUCCGAUACAAUAAUCGUUAGCUUUCGAUAUUUGCGAAUUGCAUUUCGAAUCUGCCGGUUUGGAUAUUGACCGACCGGUUUUGUAGUUUUAUAAUUAAUUAAUUACUUAUUUAAUUAUCUGAAUUAUAUUCAUUAAUAAUUUAGGAUAUUUUCGAUUGUCAUCAAUUCGUUUUCAUUUUGGAUUCUGUUAAACACAAAUAAUGGAAGUUAUAAUUAAAGUUAAUAACCAGUCUAACGGAAGAGAUAAAUUAGCGAGGUUAGUGCAAUACACCAGUCGACUAGUAUGGCAUCAAUUAGAAAUAAGAAACGCUAAUAAAUAUUCAAUCGACAGGAUCAAGAACUUAGAACUAACAUUUAGUUCAUUCAGAAAAAUUUUAAGGCUGGGAAGAUGUAUAGAUAUUUGCUAUACAGCGCUAAACAGCAUGAACAUAGAAGAUCCAUUCAUAAAGUUCACCGUAACAGUUAGCAAACUGGCACACAGUUUAUACCUCUAUGCAGACCACAUUGUAUGGCUUACUAAGAGCGGAUUCCUGAAAACAGACUCAGAUAAUUGGAAUCGUACUGCCAACAAAUUCUGGUUGUUGUCAAUAAUUGCUAAUCUGGCGAGAGAUUUUUAUGAAAUUUUGCAAUUAUUACAAUUGCACAACAAAAAUUUUUUGAAGCCCUCAGAAUUAUUGAAUAGUUCAGUAAGAAAUGUAGAUUGGCAAACAAGUUUGAAACAUGUUUACUGGCUUGUUAAUUGCCAUAAAGAUGUUUUUAUAGACACACUAAAGAAUUCAUGUGACUUGUUUAUUCCGUUGACAGCUUUAGGCUUUACAAAGUUCACUCCAAGCACUAUAGGAGCUCUUGGAGUCAUGUCUUCUGCAGCUGCUUUAGUAACCAUUGCAAAGCCAAUCACGAAAUUAGUACCGGCAUAAAGGGAAAUUCAUUAAUUAUGGGUUUUAAUCUGGCUUGAAAAAGUAAUUACUAAGGGUUUCAUGGCGUAGUGCCAAAGUUAAUUUCGAAACUAUAUUGUGACAAUCUAUUCAAGCGUAUUGUGCCAUUCUAUAGUACCUUAAGGAUAUUAUGGUCAAACUUAUUACUGUUAAAUGUUGUUAAUCAGUUUAACAUCUAAUCAGUCACUUUUUUAAUAGUCACAAAUAAAAUACUGAUUAUGUUAAUUUCUUAUUAAUAACUUUCAUUGGCAUGGCCUUGUUUUAGGUGUGUAGCUGUGCAUUUAAAAAUGUUAAUCAUAGGUGCAGGGUUCAUUGAUAUUAUUAUAAUAUAAGCCAAUUAAUAUAAGUCAUAAUCAAAGUACUCAUUACUUAGAUUAGAUUUUUCAGUUCUUCAUUAAAUAAAUGUUUUUGUUGUAUAUUCUAUGAAAUAUAAAGUACAUUUAUCUGAUGAUUGAAAAAUCUGCUUUUUAAUGUAAAACAAUAUCUACUGUGUAGUAGAUCUCAGUGUGUAAUGUACAUAAUAAUUAUAUACUUUUUAUUGCAUAUGUACUGUCCAUUUUAUCAUGUAUACAUUUUAUAUGGAAGUAGCAUUUUUGGUAAAAUAUAGACAUGCUAUACAAUA